UCCUUUUCCCACUUACAAAAUCACACCAUCUCCUCUCUCCCUCUCAGAAGAAAAAAACCAUUUUCCGUCUGCUUUCUCAAAAAAUCAUUUAUUCUCCUUCAUUUGCUUUCAAAAAUCUCUGUUUUCUAUUUUUCAAUCCAAACAGAGAUCUCUGUAGAUAAUAGUCAUACACCUUUCUUCUGUAUAUUUCCUUUUUAAAAAAAUAAAUCCCAUUUCUUCCCAUUUUGCUCCUCUCUUUGGUAUGAAUCCUAUCCCUUCUAUGGGUAUUUCUGUCAUGAAACCCCACUGCAGGAUUCUGGUCAGUUGCAAAACCCCCCUAUUUUCCGUUUUCCCAAAAUGCUCCCAUUCCCCGAUCGAAGAUCUCUCCCGCCGCGGGUUGAAAUUAGCUCGAGAUCGACGGCGUUCGGAUCGACGUCCUUUCCGAAUUCUAAGUCUCCGGGAUCCGAAACGGCGGUCCUCGCAUGGUACCUGUUCGAAUUGGGGCCAAUCUAGGGUGGGCCGCGGCAGGGGCAUUUUGGUAAUUCCACAUGUCGCGUCCGAUUUCCGGCAGCUCUCGACGUCCGCCGAUCCCCAAGCCGGCGGUGCCGCGAAGAGCUUUCAGGAUAUUUACAUUCAAGGGAUGGGCGUGAAGCCUCUUGUCAUUGAGAGGAUCGAAAGGGGGGUGGAGGAGGAGGAGCGGAGGUUAGAUGGCAGUGGCGUAGAUGUAAAUACUGCCGACUCGGAGCUUGUGGAAGAGGUGAGCGUGCCGGCAAGAGAGGUGUCGGAGAGCGAGAGGGAGGCGUGGAAGCUGCUGCGCGAUGCGGUGGUGACCUACUGCGGGAGCCCAGUGGGGACGGUCGCAGCGAACGACCCUGCUGAUAAUACACCGUUGAAUUAUGAUCAGGUGUUUAUACGUGACUUCGUCCCGUCAGCACUCGCUUUCUUGCUUAAAGGCGAGGGUGAGAUUGUCCGGAAUUUCCUUCUCCAUACGUUGCAAUUGCAGAGUUGGGAGAAAACUGUGGAUUGCUACAGCCCUGGUCAAGGGUUGAUGCCUGCUAGUUUUAAAGUUAGAACUGUCCCUCUUGAUGGCAGCAACGAAGCAUUUGAGGAAGUUUUGGAUCCAGAUUUCGGCGAGUCAGCCAUUGGUCGUGUCGCUCCUGUUGAUUCUGGUUUAUGGUGGAUUAUCUUGUUGAGAGCUUAUGGAAAGAUCACUGGUGAUUACGCAUUGCAAGAAAGGGUGGACGUCCAAACAGGCAUAAAACUGAUCUUGAAUUUAUGCUUAUCAGAUGGGUUUGACAUGUUUCCUUCUCUGUUAGUCACGGAUGGCUCUUGCAUGAUAGACCGGCGGAUGGGUAUCCAUGGACACCCUCUUGAGAUCCAAGCAUUGUUCUACUCAGCGUUGCGGUGUUCCCGUGAAAUGAUCGUAGUCAAUGACGGAUCCAAGAAUCUUGUCCGAGCAAUCAAUAAUAGACUCAGUGCACUGUCAUUUCACAUCAGAGAGUAUUAUUGGGUGGAUAUGAAGAAGAUCAAUGAGAUAUACCGCUAUAAGACAGAAGAAUAUUCUCAUGAUGCUAUUAACAAAUUCAAUAUUUAUCCUGAUCAGAUUCCUGCUUGGCUGGUGGAUUGGGUUCCUGAUAAAGGUGGUUAUCUCAUAGGCAAUUUACAGCCAGCUCACAUGGAUUUUAGGUUCUUUUCACUCGGCAAUCUCUGGGCGAUAGUUUCAUCUUUGGCGACCCCAAGACAAUCUGAGGGUAUUCUGAAUCUCAUUGAAGACAAAUGGGAUGAUCUUGUUGGGACCAUGCCGCUCAAAAUAUGCUACCCUGCUUUAGAAGACGAGAAGUGGCGUAUAAUCACUGGUUGCGACCCAAAGAACACCCCUUGGUCAUAUCAUAAUGGAGGAUCAUGGCCGACGCUGCUAUGGCAGUUCACAUUGGCCUGCAUCAAGAUGGGUAGGCCAGAUUUAGCCAGGAGGGCUGUUGAGGUGGCCGAGAAGAGGCUCUUGGAUGACAAGUGGCCAGAAUACUAUGACACCCGAACUGGCCGAUUCAUCGGAAAGCAGGCUCGUCUUAACCAGACAUGGACAAUAGCUGGAUUCCUAACCUCCAAGAUGCUUUUGGAGAAUCCGGAGAUGGCAUCCAUGCUGACAUGCGACGAGGAUCUUGAGCUUCUUGAGGGCUGUGCCUGCAUGCUGAACAAAACCACUCGAAAGAAAUGCUCUCGCCCCACUGCUAGAUCUCAGAUCCUUGUGUAACAACAUCAACCAUUCAAUGGUCUUACACCUUCAAUAAUGUAUAGUGAACAAAGUAUAAAAGAAAAAAUAGGAAAGCAUUUUCUAUUGGAAAAUGCAGCAUUAAGGGAUUCAUUUAUAUAUUGUUAGAAUGAAACCCUUCUUAGAUUAGGUGAAAAAUGGCAAAUGUAUCUCAUAUUUUUUACCCACAUUGUAUUUUUAUUUGUUUAUGAGCUAACAGUAAAGUGGGAUUGGAAUAGGAUCCCUUACAUGAUUCGGGAAUUAGACCCCAAACGCAACUGUGGCUCGACAAUGGAACAUUUCUGUUUUGUUUUGUUGUAACAAUAACAAUGUAUGUUUACUUAUAUUCUAUCAGUGAGAUGGAUCAGUAGUAGAAAUUAGAAAAUAUGGAUGUUUGUGA